AAUUCAUUCUACUGCAUUUUUUUCAUUUUGAUAUAAUCUCCUCUCUGAGUUGCUGCUUCUUCAUUCGACAAUGAUUAGAUGCUAUUCAGUUGAAUUCCAGGAUGUUAUCCCUCGUCAUGAUAGCAUCCACUGUCAUAGGUGCAGAAAUCAAGUUGCACGCAUCCACGAUUAUAUUCGGUUGUGGCCAAGAGGGCUCUUUAAUAGGGUGUUUAAUGUUGUUGUACCAGACAACGUGAAUUAUCAUCGACAACUAUUAGGAACUACCGUAGCCAAUGCUAACUGUGGCCGAUGUGGGGCGAUGCUUGGGUGGAAAAUUAUUGCAGUCGCCCAACAGAGCAUUCUUAUUAGGGAAGGAAGAUUCCUUAUGAAAUUGAACAAGCUUAGUUUAUGGAAUGAUGUACCGUUGCUUCGUCUAAAUGAGGCACAAGAUUUAGGCGCUAAUGAGGAAAAUGCAGAUCAAGAUGGAGACCCUAAUGAGCAAAAUGUUGACCAAGAUGGAGAUGCUACUGAUCAAGAUGGAGACACUACUGAUCAAGAUGGAGACACGACUGAUCAAGAUGGAGACACUACUGAUCAAGAUGGAGACACGACUGAUCAAGAUGGAGACACUACUGAUCAAGAUGGAAACACAACUGAUCAAGAUGGAGGCGCUAAUGAACAGGUUCCAAAUGAACAAGAUUUAAGUGCUAAUGAGCAAAAUGCUGAUCAAGAUGGAGAUGCUAAUGAACAGGUUCCUAAUGAACAAUAUUUUGGUGCUAAUGAGCAAAAUGCUGAUCAAGAUGGAGAUGCUAAUGAACAGGUUCCUAAUGAACAAGAUUUUGGUGCUAAUGAGCAAAAUGCUGAUCAAGAUGGAGAUGCUAAUGAACAAGAUGUGGGCGCUAAUGAACAAAAUGACUAUCAAGAUGGAGACGCUACUGAUCAAGAUGGAGACACAACUGAUCAAGAUGGAGGCGCUAAUGAACAGGUUCCAAAUGAACAAGAUUUAGGCGCUAAUGAGCAAACUACUGAACAAGAUGGAGAUGAUAAUGAACAGGUUCCUAAUGAACAAGAUUCAGGAACGCUCCUGAUCCAGAUGGAGACAGAACUGAUCAAGAUGAAGACAGAACUGAUCAAGUUGAAGACAGAACUGAUCAAGAUGGAGAUGCUACUGAUCAAGAUGGAGACAACUGAUCAAGAUGGAGAUGCUACUGAUCAAGAUGGAGACACAACUGAUCAAGAUGGAGGUGCUAAUGAACAGGUUCCAAAUGAACAAGAUUUAGGUGCUAAUGAGCAAAAUGCUGAUCAAGAUGGAGAUGCUAAUGAACAGGUUCCUAAUGAACAAUAUUUUGGUGCUAAUGAGCAAAAUGCUGAUCAAGAUGGAGAUGCUAAUGAACAGGUUCCUAAUGAACAAGAUUUUGGUGCUAAUGAGCAAAAUGCUGAUCAGGAUGGAGAUGCUAAUGAACAGGUUCCUAAUGAACAAGAUGUGGGCGCUAAUGAACAAAAUGACUAUCAAGAUGGAGACGCUACUGAUCAAGAUGGAGACACAACUGAUCAAGAUGGAGGCGCUAAUGAACAGGUUCCAAAUGAACAAGAUUUAGGCGCUAAUGAGCAAAAUACUGAACAAGAUGGAGAUGAUAAUGAACAGGUUCCUAAUGAACAAGAUUUAGGAACGCUCCUGAUCCAGAUGGAGACAGAACUGAUCAAGAUGAAGACAGAACUGAUCAAGUUGAAGACAGAACUGAUCAAGAUGGAGAGACAACUAAUCAAGAUGGAGAUGCUACUGAUCAAGAUGGAGACAACUGAUCAAGAUGGAGACGCUACUGAUCAAGAUGGAGACACUAGUGAUCAAGAUGGAGAUGCGAAUGAGCAAAAUGCUGAUCAAGAUGGAGACGCUACUGAUCAAGAUGGAGGCGCUCCAAUGAACUGAAUGAAGAUGUAGACCACCUGGGCGAUGGACCAACUAAUGAAGAAAAUGAAGACAUUGAUAUUCUUCUUAUACAAAAUGCUAUAAUUCAUAAUUGUGUGAUAUUCUGUUUUCCAUUUUUGUUUUGAGAUUGCAGUAUAUAUUAUUACUUCAGGUUGGAAUAAGCCAAUCUAGACUGAACUUUUUACGUCUUUGAGCUCGGAUACUACCGUUCUGUAUAUGCUGCUUAGUUUGUUUUUAAUUUCUUGAUACAAAGU